CCCUCGGUUGGUGCCACCACCACCGCCCUCACCGGCCACGCACCUGAGCGCCACCUUCCUCCCCUGUCACUCCACGGCCGUCAACCCACUCCAGACCGUCCCCUCCCCUGGCCGUCCCUGCUUCCAGCUGGGGUCCUCGUGGCGCAUCCAUUCCCUCCUCCACAUUCCCAGCCAGUAUCCACGGGCCUCCCGCCACGCGCCAGACGCUUCAGCUCUGCGGAGGCUCAGGCGUUUCGGUAACGAGAAGACGAGGCCCUGCUCUGACCAAGUCUGCACUUUGCUCCAGCAGACGGACGAAAACAACCAAAUGAAGGUGCCUUUCUGCACCUCCACGAGCACCAGGUCCCGGCCACGGCGCAGGGGGACCCUCCGCUCUCCCGGCCCCCGUGGCACAUGCUGCAGCCUUCGCCCAACCCCAGCGCGGCUAAGGGAGCCCGGGCGGGAAAGACCCCCGGGCCCCGGGCCGCAGGGACCCCGGGCGGGAGGCUCCCUGAGGGCAGGCCCGUUCCGGGUGACUCAUCCGGCAGCGAGCGGCUGCACGCUCUCGGCCGCGGCCGCGUGGCCCCCGAGCCCGCCCCAACCGUCGGAGCCGAGACCUCCCGCCGGCCGCGCUCGGGCGGCUCCUCCCCGGCCUGCGCGAAGGCAGGCGCCCGGCCAGGAGGAACCCUGCCUCGGGCCUGCGCGGAGCACCGGCGCCUGCCCCCCGCUCCCGCCCAUGCCCGCGGGCUCACACCAAAGACGGAAGGGCGUUGGAACCUUCGCCUCCGACUCAGUCUAGAUGUCGCCGUCCCGACGCAAAGUUGCCCCACAACGACACCUCCGCGGCAGCCAUCUUACCCAGAAGCGGCCGACGCCUUUUGACUCUCGCGCCAAUCCGUAGAGCGAGGGCGCC